ACUGGCUCCUCGUCAACACAGAUCAGCAAAAUGCACCACGGUACUUUGCAGACAAAUGAAGUUUUGUCAUGCAAAAAUGUCAUCAUCCUCUGGUCUGUUGAAGGGGUUAUUGUUCAGACUGUACCCAUCUGAGGUUUUACAGGGUCUGUUGAUGUCUCAGUGCUUUGAUGGCAGAAGUGACAUUCAGUGUUUUCAGUCUCUGUGCCCAGUGGUCAGCUUAGCAAGAGCCACAAAACAGACAAACAUUAUUGUCUCAGUUGCAUCAAGGAAUGCAAGUUGUGGCAUUUUUCAAAGCAUGCUGUUAGUGUGUCUGGAUACAUGCAUGCAAUGAUUUAUGGAUCGGGGUUAUGGCUUGUAAUGUGAUGUGGUUACAGUGUCAAUGAAAGAGGAUAAUUUAGUUUUUUUUGGAGCAGAUUAUUGUUUCUAUACAUGGUGGCAAAAUGUCUUACACUUCCUGAAAAUGUAAAUGCAAAUGUCAAACACAGGGGAAGAGGAAAAGAAUAAAAGAGGAUAAAGGAGAAGCUGUCAGUUUGAUAGGUUUGAAAUAUCAUGGAUGAGUGGGCAUUACAACAAAGAGAUAUAUAAAAAAAAAAAAUCAGUAGGCAGACAGAGACAGACACAGGGAGAGACAGACUUAAAUGAAAGAAGUGAAGCUUGGUUUGAUUCUAACAAUGACCAGGGCCAAUAGGAAAAACCCUCCCAGUCUUGAGGAGGGAAGGGGUGGUGGGGAUUCAAACUGAGGCAGGCUUUACAGUGAGUCGAACACUCUCAAAGACAGACUACAGGCAGUGUCCACAGCACUAAGAUACGGGCUUACUGUGACGUAAACCUGGAGCUUUUCUCUUUAACCUGAAAACAAGAAGACGAGAAAGAGAGAGUCAGACAGAGAGAGAGGGAGUGAGACAGAGAUACACAUUUUCCAGGAAGAUGGAAAACUGAUCGUGUCCAAGACUUUGAAUCUUUAGCAACGGGGGAAAAAAAAAAAACGGAGCAAGGACAAGCCUGAGGAUACUACAGAUUAUGUUGCCAUGGAAACCGAAACCUGGAAGCGGACGCAAGGACCACUGAAGGUGGACAACCAUCCCUGACUGCAUCCUCAACACAUUACUGUCCCGCUGCGCACUGUGGUGAGAGAAUGCUGUGGAGAAUAACUAUCCCAGUCAUACUGGCUGGGGUGCUCUGCAUCACUGCAGAGACCAAAAAGCCUCGGCCCCAGGGAUCCAUCCCAUCCCCAUACAAGACCAAAGGGAACCUGUCAUCAGAGCGUCACCAUCGGCUAUUGCAGCAAAAACCAGAGGUGCUAUCCUCCAGCCGAGAAGCCUUGGUGGUGACGGAGCGCCGCUACCUUCGCAGGGACUGGUGCAAGACCCAACCCCUCCGUCAGACCAUCAGCGAGGAGGGCUGCCGCAGCCGCACUGUGGUCAACCGUUUUUGCUAUGGCCAGUGCAACUCCUUCUAUAUCCCCCGCCAUAUGGGCCCCAGCUCAGCUCAGGGCCAGAAUCGAGGCCAAGCCUCAGGAUCUGGAAGGAAAAACCACAACAAGGCCCAGGAGCCGUUCCAGUCCUGCUCCUUCUGCAGGCCACACCGCAUCACACAGCUCACAGUGCAGCUAGACUGCCCAGACCUGCAGCCCCCUUUCAGACACCGUAAGGUGCAGAGGGUCAAACAGUGUCGCUGCAUGUCUGUGGAUGUGAGCGGCCAUGGGAAACUGUGAAGGAGGACUUUUAAAAUUGAAAAUGACAUCUGAGAAUUGUCAAAGGCAGAUAUUCGCAAACUUCGCCAAACAAAGACUGGCUUCAAGUUGAACUGCUCUGCAUCAUGUUUUACAUAUAAUGGCUUGUCCCACAAUAAAAUGACAUGAAACAUGGAACUGGCAUUAAUUAAACUAAGGCCCAACAUUGAUUUAAUCAGAGACUAUGAGCCAUAUUGGCGAGCUGAUGCUGUUUUAAGAGACUGAUUCAAGUGGCCAUGCAAGAGACACUGAUGAUGAAGCAGCCAAUUUUCUUUCCUGUUAUUUCACAAAGUUCAUAUCUACCUGCUUUUUGUACAUUUGUUUCUAGAUUCCUUUGUGAUAAAGGAGAUGAGAAAGUGCCUGAGUUUUAAACCCACAAAACACUAUGGACUCCAGGAGAGACCAUGCUGACAAUGCAUUGCCUUUUAGAAGCUAAACUGUUCCCUGUGACCCCAUUAAAAAGUUUUUUGUAAUACAUGUUUUUCUGCAGGUGGAUCUACAGUAAUUACAGUCUGCCAGCAUUGUUUUUAAAACUGACUGUUUAGAAGUAUUGUAUCUGUUAUCCUGUAUCUUUUCCUUAACUUAUAUGAUGUCCCAAAUGAUACACAAGUUGAUGUCAAGGACAUGAUUUCAAGAAACAUGAAGCGACACAGCAAUGACCAGUGGCAUCCACCUGCUUGGACAUAAGCCUGGCUGUAUACUGUACAUUUGCCACAAAUAUACUAGCCAGUAGAAAAACAUACUGCAGCAUGUGUAAUGAGGGUGCAAUGCAAUAUAUACAGUAUAUAUAUAUUUUAUGUAUUUGUGUAAGUAUGUUUGUGAAAAAUAUAUUAAAUCUAUUUCAUACAAAAUCACAGCGGUGUUUAGAGUAC